AGCGAAGCCUGUCCGGCGGUGGCGGCGGGAGCAGAGUGCCGGAGGCAGGACCCAAGGGGGGCGGACGCGCCGGAGAAAAGCCCGGAGGGGAGAAAGUUCGGGUCGCUGCAGUAGUGGAAAUCUGUGAACGGAAUCCCGGAGUUUGGAGGCGGGGGGAGUAAGUCGGGAGUGCUGGGAGACGGGGAAAGAAGUCCAAAUGUAAAGUACAGAGUGACUCAUGAGAUGGUAAAAGCCCUCAGGUCCCUGUGGAACUCUUAACCAGAGUGCCUGCUGGAAACAGAGAGCAGAGAUGUACUGGAGAUGGUUGCUGAAGGGUUUUGGCAUCCUCAUUAUCACAAGUUCCCUGCUGGCAUUGGGAAUUACACAUUCCCAGAGGAAAAUUGCAGGCCGGGGGAGCUGGUGAGAGAGCCUGGUUUGCAAGCCACUCUCCCGAAUUAAUAUGCAAGGCUUGCUGGAGCUGGGGAUACACAACGCCUGCCCAGAGGAGUGCUGGGAGGAGCGUGGCUUGAUCUCCCUCUUGUGGAAAAUUAUUGGAACUAUAUUCUCGUGAUACUGAGGAAAGAAAAGUCCAGCAUCCAUCAGGGAACAAAGGAUGGCAGCAGUUACCAUGCCACCUGAUGCUCUUGUCAGCCCUCAAGGAAAUGAAGAGAUGGACUCUCUAAUUGUACUGCAUUAUAAUUACACAGGGAAGCUUAUUUCAAGGGAAAAGGCAACUGGUAAUAUAGACCUGCCCGCUAUUGCAUUUCUAAUCCUAUGUAGUUUCAUAGUCCUGGAAAACUUGAUGGUGUUGAUUGCCAUAUGGAAAAACAAUAAAUUUCACAACCGCAUGUACUUUUUUAUUGGCAAUCUAGCUCUCUGUGAUCUUUUAGCUGGGAUUGUUUACAAAGUAAACAUUCUUAUGUCUGGGAAGAAGACUCUGAGCUUAUCCUCCACAAUCUGGUUCAUUAGAGAAGGCAGCAUGUUUGUUGCCCUGGGAGCCUCCACUUUCAGCUUGCUAGCCAUAGCUAUUGAGCGACAUUUAACCAUGAUUAAAAUGAGGCCUUACGACGCAAAUAAAAAAUACAGGGUGUUCCUUCUCAUUGGUACAUGCUGGCUUAUUUCAAUUUCCUUGGGUGCCUUACCCAUCCUCGGCUGGAACUGUAUAAACAACUUACCAGAUUGCUCGACAAUUUUGCCUCUGUACUCCAAGAAGUAUGUUGUGUUCUGCAUUAGCAUCUUCAUAGCCAUUUUGGUUGCCAUUGUCAUCCUUUAUGCCCGUAUCUACAUACUGGUUAAGUCCAGCAGUCGCAAUGUCACCAACCACAAUAACUCGGAGCGCUCCAUGGCGCUCCUUAGGACUGUCGUGAUCGUCGUUAGUGUCUUCAUUGCCUGUUGGUCUCCACUCUUCAUCCUGUUCCUCAUCGAUGUGGCCUGCAGAGUCAAGGAGUGCUCUAUCUUGUACAAAGCCAACUGGUUUAUUGCUCUGGCGGUCAUCAACUCUGCAAUGAACCCAAUCAUUUAUACCCUGGCCAGUAAGGAAAUGCGUCGCGCCUUCUUUCGCCUUGUUUGUGGCUGCCUGGUGAAAUCCAAGGUGGCCAGAUCUUUGCCUAUUCAGCCCACACCAGAUCACAGUCGAAGCAAAUCCAGCAGCAGCAACACCCAGAAGCCAAAGGAAGAUUUCCCACCAAUGAAUGUCCCCUCGUGUAUCACUGAGAAAAAUGAAUCUCCGUUUCACAACGGGAACUUCUGUAAGUAAAGGACUCCUCAAGACAAGUACUUUUCCAUGGCUUUUAGAUUUAAACUACACAUGAAGUUUAAAUAUUCAUGCACUUAAAUCACAGAGGAAAACACUAACCACUUAUUUAACUUUGAGGACUUAUUUAUCAACAAUCAUGUGUUUUGGGUGUUCAUUCAGUAACACACCUGAUUCAGAAAAAACCUUUCAUGCUGCCCAACAGCCAGGACAGAGUCCAUGUACAUCUAAGGACAUCACACACCACAAUGGCAUUGCAUGCUGAGACUGUAUUUGGCACUUACUCAUUUUGGAAGACAUCACUAAAACCUGUUAGAAACUUUAGAUUUACUAAAGACUGCUGAUGGUUGGAAAAUGAACCCGAUUAUUGUCAGCUGGGAGAAGAGUUCAUUACAUAUGUUGUAAUGUUGACUGUAGUUCUCUAUAUGUAUCUUGCUGUUAUGUUAAUGGCCUUAUAUAUAUGUGGUAUAAAUAGCUGUAUAUUUGUACAAUUUCUUACUAAAAAUUCAUUGUUUGGUAAAAGUUUACAAUAUGCUAAACAUUGUAUUGCAGUAUACAGUGUAAGUUGACUAAUUAUACAAAUAGAUGUGUUUCAAUGGGGAUAUUUAAAAUGAAGUAGUAACUUUUAACUGUCAGUAACUUUAACGUGUCAUAUCAAUGCAGUAUUUUUAUUUUUUUUCCAUUGUUAUUCAAACUUUUCGUGUUUAGUGAGAGAUAGUAUGGCAGUUGUCACUGUGGCAUUUCACAACGCAUUUUAAGCAAGCAGUAGUAAAUAACCAUUGUGAGAGGAUAUAUAUGUUUGCUAUUUAAAGUAGUUAAAAUGUGACCCCACAAUACACACGUAACAAAUGUUUAUUCACGUACUGUUUCAAUGCAUAUAAUUUUGCUUACUAUUUUCGAUGUAUUUAAAAGUUUGUGUCCGACCUACGUAAACCUGUGUACAUUGUGAAUGCACUACCUAAGCUGAGAUCCUUCAGUUCUGAAACAGAGACAUAUCAUUUCAGAAAGCAAUGAACCACAGUGGCUUCCCAUGGAGUUCCUUCUUUCCAGGCACUACCACAGCAUGGGAUUGUGUUGGGAAUUCUCCCUGGGAAGUUCAGCAAGUGAGACAAUAUCCCAUUUUCUGUUAAUGGGACCCUGCACUUCUAUCACCUCUGGACACUUUUGCAGAUACGAGAGAAAAGAUGCGGUACAACAGGAUCAUGCCGAAGGGUAUAUCUCCAUUUAUACCUGACCCUGCCUUGGAUCUGGAAGGAAAGCUUGUUUAGUUUGGAAGACCUGGAGCCCCAGCCCCAACCUUUUGAGAGGCUGUUCCAGAGAAACCUGAAAACAACUUUAUGGUUCGUCACUGCCUUACCAGCCUCAGUACAGAAUGGUGGUCAGUGUCAAAGGCGUUCCCUGAGACCUAGAGUGGUUAAGACUUCAUGAACAUCUUGUUUCAAGUCCUCAUGGAAGCAGCCCGUGGCACUUCCAUCGAUAGUACUUUACAGCUGGAGGCUUCAGUGAAGUUCAGCAGGAAAUUCUGAGGCAAGUUCCCGCUGUCUUUCAGUAAGAAUGAAACUAUCUAACUUUGUUGGGCUCUUUCAAAGAUUUGUGUUUAAGGUCUCAAAACACGCCUUGUCUUGUGCACAAUCAGAAGUAAUUGAGGCUUUUUUAACACACAGCCUGAAAGAGCUCAUCCUUAGCUUUAAUCUGGUCUUAAUCAUUUAAAGCAGCAGCAUUAGACUCUUCCCAAAUAUGCAUAGUGUAUAAGCUGUGUAAUGUGUGUAGCAAAAGCCUUUAAAAUGUAGAGGUUUGCAUUGUGAUUAUCUUUUACAAAUUAACAGUCUGCUUGUAAAUAUUUUAUGCUGUUAGAAAAGUGUGUAAGAACAAAGAACUCUAUUUGAAUGAAAUAACUGUGAAAGAGAGUAGUAAAUAGAAAAUAAUUUCUACCAAAAAUAUUGAAAAGCAGUGCACUUCAAGAAGAACAAAAAGCUAAACCAAGCAAAGCAUGAUAUAACUAUAUGGACUGCAUGAUAUAACUAUAUAACUACAGGCUGCAGGCUCUGUAACUUUGUGAGAAACAAGCUAGUGACAUUGCAUUGCCAUGGCUUGCUUAGGUCUUACACUGCUUUUUGGCUGCAUUGUAGAAGUUCUUCUCUGAGGCUGUGUCUUCAAAAACUGCCAGCUAAGAUAUUUGUAUACUUCUAGCUUAGUUCAUGUGGUGGUGGCAUUUGGCAACAUUCCUUGCUAUUGUACAACAGACAGGCCUUAGGAACACAAUAGUUUGAGAAAACGUGGUGGCUGAGCCCACACCAACCCUCAUGUCAAUGAUGCUACAUGAUUUCCUUAACCUUCUGUCUAUCUGCUGGUGACACUUCCUGAGCCAGCCUAAACUGGGCAUUUUCCUCCAUGUGGUUGCACCGUUCAGAUAAACAUCACAUAGUUCUCAGCCAGCAACAGCUCUGAAGUGCCAAUUACAUACUUAAAUAGAUUGUCCAUCAGGUAUCUGUAGUUAGGCUGGCUGCUUUCAGGCAUAAAGCAAACAGCAAACACAACAAUGGCAUUUAACCCAUCACUAUGACAAGCCCCAUGACUGAUAACUUUUUUAUAGGGUUCAAUUGCCUUCAUGUCCACCCCAUGGUCCUGUGCCGCGGUCUGAAAGGGGAGGAUAGGGCCGUGGCACCGCAUGGGUCCAGGACACAAAGGUGGGAUGUAGGUAGAGUCCUUUACUCACACGUGCACCCGGUCCUUUAUCAGCUCGGGAGGGGAAAGGGCCAGAACAUAGGGUGGAGCAUGAGACAGACAAGCGGGGGGACAAACCAGGAUAG